GGCGGGGGGGCGCGCGCUGUGUGAGGGGAGGUCUCCUGGCGCCGGGCGCGGGUGGGGGAAGCCAGGAGGAGCGCGCAAGGCGAGCGGAGUGGGCCGGGCCGCGCCAGGCCGCGGCUGGGCUGGUCACGGUGGCGGAGCCGGAGGAGGCCGGGCCCCGCCCCGCCCCCAUCCCCCCACCGGCGGCGGCGGAGGAGACACAAGCGCGGAGCGGUGGCGGCUCUUCCCCGCCCGCGGUGGCGGCGGCCGCCUCGUCCCCCUCCUCCCCCUCUGCCGCCGCCCCCUCGGCUACGGCGGGGCCCAUGGAGGGGCUCCCCGUGGAAGUGCGGGGCUCCAACGGGGCCUUCUACAAGGGUUUUGUUAAAGAUGUUCAUGAAGAUUCGGUCACGAUAUCCUUCGAGAACAACUGGCAGCCCGAAAGGCAAAUCCCGUUUGGUGAUGUGCGGCUGCCCCCACCCGUGGAGUACAGCAAAGAAAUUUCAGAAGGAGAUGAGGUGGAGGUAUAUUCCCGAGCCAAUGAGCACGAGCCAUGUGGCUGGUGGCUAGCCAGAGUCCGCAUGAUGAAAGGAGACUUCUAUGUCAUAGAAUAUGCUGCUUGCGACGCCAUCUACAAUGAAAUUGUCACGCUGGAGCGACUGCGGCCUGUCAACCCCAGCAAAGUGGCCACUAAGGGCAGCUUCUUCAGAUUUACCAUUGCGGUGCCAGAGGACCUCAAGGAAGCCUGCUCAAAUGAAAAUGUACAUAAAGAAUUCAAGAAGGCUGUGGGCGCAAACUGCAUCUUCCUCAGCUCUGCCAGCAGCGAACUGGUUAUCCUUUCCACAAAUGAAUCCACUGUCAAGAGGGCCUCCCUGCUGGGAGACAUGCAUCUUCGCAGCAUCCGAACCAAGCUGAUGCUGAUGUCACGGAAUGAGGAAGCCAACAAACACUUGGAGACAAGCAAGCAGCUGGCCUCGGCAUUCCAGGAGGAGUUCACGGUGCGCGAGGAUCUGAUGGGGCUAGCCAUCGGCACCCAUGGGGCCAACAUCCAGCAGGCCCGCAAAGUGCUGGGUGUUACUGCCAUUGAGCUGGAUGAGGAGACCUGCACCUUCCGCAUCUAUGGGGAGACCCCUGAAGCCUGCAAGCAGGCCAGAAGCUAUCUGGAAUUCUCUGAAGACUCUGUUCAAGUCCCCCGGAACCUCGUGGGGAAGGUGAUAGGCAAGAAUGGGAAAGUCAUCCAGGAGAUCGUGGACAAGUCAGGCGUUGUCCGGGUCCGGGUAGAAGGUGACAAUGACAAGAAGAACCCCAGGGAGGAGGGGAUGGUUCCUUUCAUCUUCGUGGGGACACGGGAGAACAUCAGCAACGCACAGGCACUGCUGGAGUACCACCUCUCCUACCUUCAGGAGGUGGAACAGUUGCGCCUCGAGCGCCUACAAAUUGACGAGCAGCUGCGACAGAUCGGCCUCGGCUUUCGCCCACUCUCCAACCGGUCCGACAAGGAUAGGGGCGGCUACACGACUGAUGAGAGCACCUCCUCCUCGCUGCAUGGCACACGGACCUAUGGGGGCAGCUAUGGUGGGCGAGGCCGAGGGCGCAGGGGACCCAAUUCUGGCUACGCUACCAACUCGGAUGUGUCCAAUGCCUCAGAGACAGAAUCAGAAAAGAGAGAAGACUAUGAGUGCCCGCAGCCCAGUGACCGCGACCCUCGCCAGGAGGACAGCCGCAGACGGGCAGGCGUGGGGCGGGGGCGGGGUCCUGCUGCAGUGCCCCGUGGGAACAGCAGCAAGUACACCAACUCCUCCAUCAGUUCAGUAUUGAAAGAUCCUGACAGCAACCCAUACAGCCUGCUGGACAACACCGAAACAGACCAGACAGCUGAUACUGAUGCCAGUGAGUCACAACCAGUCAGCAACCGUCGGCGCCGGUCUCGCCGGCGCCGUACAGAUGAAGAUGCCACAAUGAUGGAUGGAGCCCUUGAAUCGGACAGUAUGUCUGUCAGUGAAAACGGCGUGGAGGAAGAUUCUAAGCCUCAAAGACGCAAUCGAAGCAGGCGCCGGCGUAACCGUGGCAACCGUGUGGAUGGUUCUAUCAGCCGGGACCGCCAACCUGUUACGGUCGCAGAUUACAUUUCCCGAGCAGAGUCUCAGAGCCGCCAGCAGCCCCCACGCAAAGAAAGUCGGGAGAAAUCAGCAGAGGAUGCCACAUCCAAGCAGAAGGCUGAGGCCAGCAGCAAGGUUGUGAAUGGCCCUUCGGAGAAUGGGGAGCACGUGGCUGCCCCUAGCAGUGAGGAGGGAGCUGCCAUGGUGAAUGGGGUGUCCUAAGGGUCCCCUUAAGUUGUGGCAGCCAAGCUCGCCUCAGCGGAACAAACCGAUCCCUACUUUUCACCUGCUUGCAACAUCUUAAGACAAAUGAAAUAAACACCACACCGAUCUCUUGUUUAAGAACAAAACCAUUAUUUUAAAAAAACCAAACCAACCCAAUCCCAAGGUAAUUAUCUUGUGCUCGUUAAAAGCUUGCCAAAGAUGGAAAACGUUUUUCCACGGCUCUUAACACAUCCUGGUUAAGCUUCAGCAAUGGCAGCCAGAGAGGGCAGUGAAAACCCCUCUCUUUCUUUCUUUCUUCUGCCCUCUGUCAGGGUGGGUUUCUGAUGCUACCUGAGCUCAUUUACCCCCCUCUGGGAGGUGUGGAGGGGGGAGGAAAACUCUGACUGACAGGCAUCUGUUUUUGGUGACUUUACCUUUUUUUGCUUUGAAACAAAUGAGAGGAAAAAUAACCGGCUAUUCAAACUGGAGAAAGGAGAGGGGGAGAGAAACCUGUGCCUUCUGAUAAUGCAGACACGCGCAACCUAGUGCAGAAUGCUGUUGUGGUUUUUUGUUCCUUUACUCUUCGACUAGUUUUAAAUCGAAGGCAAGGAGUCCGUCAUGUCCAAACGGGAGGCAGGAGAGCUAGCCCACCCAGUGCAGAGGGUUCUGUGGCUGUUCGGCUGACACCCCCCCCCCCCCAGCAUCAAGCCUUUGCUGGUGCGACUGGGUUUGUGGAGGGAUGGGGGAGGUGGUGCCACAAGAGGGUUAAGGGGAGGGUGUGGAACUUGGUUUCUAGGCCACACAGACGUGCAUCUUUUUUCCUUUCUUGAAACACUGUGGAAGACGGGACAGGCGUAGGACAAGCUAGCAAGGCAGCGUUGCUCCUGAGGUGGCUGCCGAAAGUUUGUGUGUUUGUGCGUGGGGAAAGGGGGGAUUUGAUCUGUGACGGUCGAGACUAUUUAUUUUUCACUGUACAGUAUUUAAAGAGAAUAAAAACCCAAACUCUUGAAC